AGGUCUGCUCUGGGCCAGGGGCAGACGCCAGGGAGUUUUGGGUCUAGGAGGAGGGAGGGUCGGACACACUCAGGCCCAGAGAUGGUCGGAGACAGCAUGUGGACGUCCUUGGGGACCCCACCCCCGGCGACUCUGGACACGGACGGUGCGCAGACGCCCAGGGGACGCCGAGCAGCGGAAGGGCCCGACGCGUGAAGGACGUGGGGUGAGGGGAGCGAGGGACCCGCGGACCCCGGGACCGCUGACGCAGUGGCUGACAGACGAAGGGAGAGUUGGACUCACGGAGGCCUAGGGAGACCCUCACGACAUCUCCCCGCCCGGCGCAGAGAGGCAUCAGUGGCUGCGCUGCGGAACCCGAGAGGAGGAGGAUAGCCGGCCGGUGCAUCCUCACCAUGACCAGCUGCCGCCACCAUUCCGGAUACUUGGCAGACGACGAGGCCGGCCACACCACCUACGUGGCCCGGCCGCCUAAGAAGCCACUGUUCCCGGAAAUGGGGCAAGCCUCCAAGUUGGGCCACAUGCCGCACCCACCAUCGAGGUACACCCCCCCAGACAGCUUAAGGCUCCGUGGCCACCGACGAAACCCAAGGGACCCUCGGCCCUUUGGUAGCUUCCUGGAUUUCCUCGUCGAGGGUCAGGUGCUAGACAGCCUACAGACGGUGGUGGAAGAGGCAACUGAGCGCAUGACCACUAUGAAGACAGAGGCUGGGGUGCCACUGGUGGAGGUGCAGGACCCGAUCGAGGUGCCGAGGGGUGGGCGGCGGGUGCGCGCCCGGCCCAGCCUCAGCACCGCGCACAGGCACCGGGCCCGGCCCAGCCUCUGCACUGGGUGGCCCAACAACUACCCAUCCUCCUCCAGUUCCACAUCUGACUCCCAUAGCAGCUUCACAGCUGGCUGGCUGGGCUCCCACGGCCAGGACAGUGACCUGGGCACCCGUGGCAAGGGCUCACUGCCAUCCAUGAGGGACAGGCUUUUGCUGGAGAAGAACCUCAAACGGCUGCUGAAGCUGGAGAACAGAGGGAAAGGCCUGGGUCAGUCCUGCUUCCGGAGGGACUCCCUGCUGUGGGACUCACUGGGCAGCCAGGCCAGCAGCCAGUGGACCCAGACCCAGGAGCCACCUCUGUCCUGGUUCUCAGGCCUGCUGGACUCAAGCACAGGGACACCGCAAACAUCAGAGCCCGGGCCUGGAGAACAGGAACUGACCUUCCUCAAGCGAGGGUUUGAUAAGGAGAUCAAGUCCUUGUUGAGCCAGCCAGCGUCCUUUGGCCUGCCUGGCUACUGUUCAUUCCGUGAGCCCUAUCAGACCCUGGACUUCCUGGCUGAGCACCACCUCUUCCCCGCCCUGCAGAGUGUGGUCCGCCAGGCUGUGGACAAGCUCAGUGGAGCCUGCCGCCAUGAUGGCUGCCCUCUCUUCCCAUCAGAAUGGGAGCCCCCAACAGAGCCCAAUUCUGACUCCACAACAGGCUCCAAGCCAGCCACACCCACCGACGGGGAGGAGCCCUACGAUGUGCUUCCCACCCAAGUCUCCAGCUCCAAGAUGAUUCGAAGAAAGAGCACCAAGGGCAGAGGACGGGCCCAGCCCAAGGAAGGUGGUUCCCCUGUGUCUAGUACCCAAGUGGCCACCAGAUUCAGGAUCGAGGUGACACCCACAGAAGAACCCAAGGUUCCCUCACCCCACCCCAGACAGGAGGCUCCUGACCAGGACCCUGAAGUACAGAGACCACACAUACCUUCUUCUGGGCCCCUGAGCUCCAGCCAGAAGGCCCAUCCCUGGCGGAGCAUGCACCCCACCCUGCCUGCCCCUAGGAUCGUGGUGGAAGGGUCCUCCAGCCAGACCCAGCCCACCACCCGGGGCAUAGCUCCUCUCACCUCCCCCUGCCCUGGCUUCUCCCACCACCUUCCUGUGCUCUCACCACUUGCCUCCUCGAGCCCCAAUUACAAGUUCAUGAGGAAGAAGCCACUACCCUCCAUCUCCUCCAAGUCUACCAUAUCCCACCUCUCCAACCCCUUGUACGAGGAGCUCGUCAGCUACUUGGUGGAGCAGGUCGUGUCCUUGCUCAUCUACAAGUACAAGUUCGAGAAGAACCUCUCCAAGCAGCUGGGCUUCAUCUCCUUCCCUGUCACCGAGACGCUCAUGGACCUCUUCCUGGGCUUCAAGAAAGUGAAGGGCUCCCGCAUCUGCCUGUCCUCAAAGAUCGACUGGAGCUGUCUGCUGCGCAGGCUGGAGGAGGCCGAGUGGGCCCGGCAGAAGUCCAGACAAGCAUCCCAGCAUGACUCCGCCUCCCAGCGUAGCUCCCACCACGGCACCAUCCACUGUGGGGCCCCGCACCACGGGGCCCCCCACCACGGGGCGCCCCACAGCAGCACGGAGUCCCUCUCCACGCUGCUGGAGCCGGCCACCCAAGCGGAUCAGGAGGAGGCCAUGGAGUCCAGCUUCGACAGUGAGUUUCCUGAUUCUCAGCUGCUCGCGGCUCAGGAGGAUACUACAGCCGAGGAGCAGGAACCAGCGAGCCAGCAAGAGCCCAAGCCCUCCGUGUUCUCUGGCCCAGGCGUGGGCUCUCAUCAGCGUCAGGAAGUAGUAGACAUGGACAGUCAGAGUGAUGAGGAGGAAGAGGAUGAGCAGGAGGAGGAGGAUUUCUUAGGGGACAAUGGCCCAUCCCAGAGCUCCCCCGAGCCUCAAGUGGAGAUGGGGCUCAGCCACUCCACAAACGUGGGCCGCAGCGACCCUCCGUGAGGCCCCCUGUAAGCUGCACCCAGCGCUUGAUUCCCUGCUCCUCCUCUUGCUCCAAUGGACUGCUGCCCUGCCCCCUGCCCCCAGCCGGUCCCUGCCCUGAGCAGAGGUCAGGGUGGGCUGGAUGCCCAUGAGGAGCUCUGCUGGCCUGUCAGGGGAACCAGUAGGGGAAAUAAAGCUAGUGUUGAUGGAGCACAGUUUUCUCGACCAGAGAUUGCAGCCCCACUUCUGCAGGCCUGAGCACCUGCCCUGGAGUAACACCUCCGGCAGGCCUUCCUGACAGCUGCCGUGCUCCGACCCCCUGACCUAACGUGCUCUGCUUGAAUACAAGUCCCUGCUCCGGGCUCUUCCUCCACUCCAGUGUGCACCUUCCUGGCUCUUCCAGCCUCUUAGGACUCAUGGUCUCUUUCCCUAACAGUCCCUGUGCAUCAUGGUCCUGCUUCCAGAGGGCUCCUCCUCUGCCAGGGUAGCACCAUGCUCCCUCUGACAUGCCGCACCCUCACGUUCCUCUCGGGGAACCAUGCAGUCGCCCUUUUCUGAUGCCCCCUGUCUUUCUAAUUUGUAUUUCCCAUCUCCAACUCCCGAAUCUGGAGGGUCCAAGCUAGGUCCCAUGGGGGCUGCCGGUCUGGCAAACUGUGGGUUGGCUGCCCCAGGCUGGCCAUGUGAUUACCCCCUUUCAGCAGUGCCCCUGGGCCAGACAGCUCUCUCUGGAAGGGUCUGCAGACUUGGCUGGUGUUGUGAUUGGCAGGUCUCAUCUCCAAGGUUCUCCUGGGGCUUCUGGCCAUCCUGUGCCACCAGCUCAGCACCCUCUCCCUCUCUGCCUUCCCAGGGCAGCCUUUUUGUUCCCCAAUCCAGGCAUCUUCACCCAGGGAUCCACUUGACCUCUCACCACCACCCUGUCACCCUUGUGGCCAAGAGAGCAUGUGAAGAUGCUCCACUCUGCCUUGCUGUGUAGGCUGCCAGUGCAGGGAGACUGGCAGGUGUCCCACACCUCCCCCUGGAUCCCGCCUGCGUGAAUCCCACCAGAGCCCAAGUCUGCUGAACCCAGCCUGACCAUGCUCAGUGGCCCACGUGUGAAGACGAAGCGAUUAUAGAGCUGCUCUGGAGCUGGGCAGGGAGGACCUUCCACACCACAUCCAUGCUCUGCAAUUCGGGAGGAAACACUUCCUCUGCUCCAGUCAAGAGGGACCAGGGCCCUAAGGUGGGUGGGUCAGGGACCCAUUGUUCCAGAAAGCUCUUGUGGCAAGGAUCUUUUAGGGCAUAUGCUCAGCUCAUAAGGCCCAUUCCCUGAGGCCACCCACUGCCACCACCACUGUAGUGUAGGGCCACAACAUUGUUGUACCUUCUUGCCAUACCAUUUGGCCACAGUUGAUUAGCCCUCUUGAUACAUCCCUAUUCCAAGCCAGGCCAGUCAGGUAUUUUUUCCCCAGGAGCUGGUAAUUGGGAUGGACCGAGAGAUUUUUUUUUUUAAGUUUAUUUUUAGUAAUCUCUCCACCUAACGUGGGGCUUGAACUCACAACCCGGAGAUCAAGAGUCACAUGCUCUUCCAAAUGAGCCAGCCAGGAGCCCCAAGAUAGCCUGGGAGAUUCUGGCGCAAUUUGCACUGAUCGCUAAAGACCAGUGUGGACAGUGUGGCGUGGCCAUCUCCCAGCCCUCCCCAGAGAGGCAAGAAAUUCUGUCUGGGGCACCUGGGUGGCUCAGUUGGUUAAGUGACUGCC